CGAUGUUGUAAAGAGGAGGAGGGAGGGGGAGGAUGGCGGGAGGGGGUAGCUAUGGAGAUGGAGCGGCUUCCUGGCCGCUUUCUUUGACAGGUGUUGAGGGGCAAAAGUCUUCAACCGGGAUCCAGCAUGUACGCCAAAGGUAAAGGAGCUGCCGUCCCCUCGGAUAACCAAGCGCGGGAAAAGUUAGCGUUAUAUGUCUAUGAAUAUCUGCUGCAUGUUGGAGCGCAGAAAUCUGCACAGACCUUCCUGUCAGAGAUUCGAUGGGAGAAGAACAUCACACUUGGAGAACCUCCAGGAUUUCUACACUCGUGGUGGUGUGUAUUCUGGGAUCUGUACUGCGCCGCGCCGGACCGGAGGGAAACAUGCGAGCAUUCCAGUGAGGCCAAGGCUUUCCAUGAUUAUAGUGCUGCCGCGGCCCCCAGUCCAGUGAUGGGCAACAUGCCCCCCAGUGACGGCAUGCCGGGCGGACCCAUGCCCCCAGGAUUCUUUCAGGGGCCCCACGGAUCCCAGCCGUCCCCCCACACACAGCCCCCCCCACCCAACCCCAGCAAUCCAAUGAUGGGCCCUCAUGGACAGCCAUUCAUGUCUCCACGGUACCCAGGUGGUCCGAGACCCUCCCUCCGAAUGCCAAAUCAGCCCCCAGGAAGUAUCCCAGGAUCACAACCCCUCCUUCCAAACAGCUUGGACCUUUCCAGACCUCAAGGACACAGCAUGGGAGGACCCAUGAGAAUGACCCCCCCCCGAGGCAUGGCAGGCAUGGGUGCACAGAACUACGGCGGCGGGAUGAGGCCUCCUCUGAACUCCAUGGGUCCGGGGAUGCCCGGCAUGAACAUGGGUCCUGGGGGGCGGGGUCAAUGGCCCAACCCCAACUCCAAUUCGAUAGCGUACUCGUCCUCUCCUCCAGGAAGCUAUGUGGGACCUCCAGGGGGAGGCGGCCCACCAGGAACACCCAUCAUGCCCAGUCCUGGAGAUUCCACGAACUCCAGUGAGAACAUCUACACCAUGAUGAACCCCAUCGCUCCAGGAAACAGACCUAACUUUCCAAUGGGACCUGGACCCGAUGGGCCCAUGGGGGGGAUGGGCGCCAUGGAGCAGCAUCACACGAACGGCUCAUUAGGUUCUGGAGAUAUGGAUGGCUUGCCAAAGAAUUCCCCAAACAACAUGGCAGCAAUGAACAACCCCCCCGGCACCCCCCGAGACGACGGCGAGAUGGCGGGAAACUUUUUAAACCCAUUCCAAAAUGAAAAUUUUUCUCCCAACAUGACGAUGAGCGUCUGAAGUUUUGAACUCUUCAUUGUCUGCCCUGAGGUCCAUCUCCUGCCCCGGUGCGUCUUCUAUUGCCCCCCUCCCCUGCCCUCCGCCUCAUGGACGCUGUUUGGUCCACAACACUCCUGGGAGUUUUCUCAGGAAGCAGGGGAGUCCUUAGAGCCCCAUCAGCUGUGAAAUGGGGGAGGGGGAGUAUGAAGGACUGUCUCCUCUUCCUCACAUCAACUCCAUGGAGCCAGAACCUCAGAACCAGAACUUGCUGUGACUCCCCUUGACGAGACAGACUCUGAUGGUUCUCUGACGAAGAUGAAGAUGAAGAUGUUGAUGAUGAAGAUAAUGAUGAUGUGGUUUCCGGUUGUCUCCUGAUAUGUUCAGAUCUCUGCAGCAGCAACACACUGGCCAAACGCUCAGACUCCGUUUAUGUCUCCCAAUCUGGAAGAUCUCCUCUGGAAGAUCUCCUCUGGAAGAUCUCCUCUGCAGGAUCUCCUCUGGAGGAUCUCCUCUGGAAGAUCUCCUCUGGAAGAUCUCCUCUGGAAGAUCUCCUCUGCAGGAUCUCCUCUGGAGGAUCUCCUCUGGAACUUCCUCUGGGCUCAUUUUUCUGAAAACAGUCUUGCCACACAUCCCUGGAAGCCGAUCAUCAGCCACUGCAGGAAGCGGUUCCUGAUCCCACAGAGCAGCUGCUCUUCCUGCAGACGGACCUCAGUGAGCAGACGGACGGCCUCCUUCAGUGGUUUGUUGGUGUCUGUUCAUGUUAAGAUGCUUGUUUUUUCGGUCAUCUUUACCAAAUCCGUCUGUGAAAUCUGCAGUGAGGUUCUGUCAUGACUUCAAGCAGCCGAUUGCUUCCUCCUGUCCGUCCGCCUCUCCUGAGCGGAAGAAGCUUUGUUUGGAUCUCAUCCAACCGUCAGUUCCACAGGAAGGGCGGGACUUUGGGCUGUUUUUUUAUCGGUGAAAUUUGCAUUUCCGCGUGAAGACAAAGUCCUGUUUUUUCUUGACCUUAGCAAACCUCCACUGACAGCAGCCGUAGCCUCUUUGAUCCACACCUGAGCCUCCUGAUAUCAAUGUGAACCUCCAGGAUUGAGUGAUGAGGAGUCGCCCCCUCAUUCUGUCCUCCUCAUGAAGCCCCGCCCCUCUUUCAUCUACUGUAAAUACUGUAAAACACAUUUUGAUAUCGACAUGUAUUGAUAUUUCCGUCAUAAACUUAAAUUACGAAAAGGCUGAAUGUUCAGAGGGUUGUGAAGAGCGCGGUGGGACAAGGGCGGGCCGGCUGUGGCGUCCUCACUCUGUCCCUCCUCCAAACGCUGUUUUUGAAAUUUAAAAAUGUCUAGAGUUUUGUCAAAGGCGUCUCCUCACAAACGUGGUCUCCUGCAGUUUUAAUAUGAAGGAUUUUUAUCAACGAAAAAGCUUGUAGAAUACAAAAUAUUUUAAAAGAAGAUCUGGAUGUCGGAGUUUGGGGGAAGCUCUCCAGCUCGUCCUCUCCGUCCUCGCUGGCCUCCUCUGUCCUUCUAUUGUGGUGUAAAAUAAAGGAGGAGCUGCUGCUCAGGAGAGACGCUCCUGUUAUGACAGCAUUCAGGAUGAGCUGUCUCUGUCCCGGCUAUGAUCAGAUUCAUUAUUGUCCAGAAUCUUGUUUUAGGAUUGUAGGUGUCUUGUGUACAAAGAUGUUCUUUGUAUUGUAAAGUUUCUUAUGGACACGUAUUGCAUUCUAUUAAAAAAGAAGAGUGAUCUUUGUUCUCAUUUUUAAGAACUACAAAAGCAAAAACUACAAACUAACUAACCUCAACUGCUCAUGAAAACUGAGAUGAUCUGAAUUAAAAGUUGAAAAUCCA